AUGCUUGAACAUAAUGUGGCGUCCAUGUCAAUUAUGGAAGCAUUUUCGUACAAAAUAAUGAAAGAUGAAGUAAAAAAAUCACUUGAUGAGUUUGAACUUUCUCAAAAGUCGUCUUUUUUCAUGUCAAAACGUCUUAAAGUAUUUCCAUUUCGCAUUUUGGCUAGAACUGUCAUUCAAACUGUCAUAAAAAUGUGA